AUGGCGGACAAUGGCUCAACAACCCCCCAAUUCCUCGCGCCGCCGGCUGUUACGGCCUUGAGACAGGAGGCUCGGAAUAUCAACCCGAAAAUGACCCGGAGUAUGAGUGACGAUAUGCGGGAGGAACGUGAGGAUUUGAAGGAAGCAGCUGAGCAGACGUUGAACAUAAUUGUGGAUCUCAACCUGGACGGUCGCAUCAAAUGGGUCAGCCCAUCAUGGAAACAAGUGAUAGGCACGGCCCCGGAAUCCGUCGAGGGCCGCCUGAUAUCGGACCUCCUGCUGGGAAAUAAAGAUGUUUUUUGUGAUGCGAUGGAGGCAAUGAAAGAGGACGACUCUCGGAGUCGUUUUAUUCGCUUCUCUGUUCAGAUGGGACCAGACUCGGUUUUGAAAUACGCACCCGAGCCACGCCCAGCCGAAAUCGAGGAUGAAGGAGAGGACAAACAAACAAAUGAGCCAACGGAGUCUUCGCAGGGCGAAGUCGACCGCAAUGUGCUCACCAUGGAAGGUCAGGGUAUUAUGGUAUAUGAGCGGACAGAUGAUGAGGCCGGACACACGAUGUGGAUGCUCCGACCGUUCACCCAACCUCGAGAAGUGACAAUCGAUCUCCCGCCGCAGUUGGUAGAGUCACUCGGCGUUGGAGCGGAGGUCUUGGCUAACUAUCUCACCAUGCUGGCAGAAGCAGCAGCGAACGAACCCGAUCCAGCGAAACACCCUGCCCCCACCCCGGUACUUUGUCGAAUUUGUGAACGUCAGAUCACCCCGUGGUGGUUCGAAAAACAUUCAGACUUGUGCCUUCAGGAGCAUCGGGCGGAAAUGGAUGUCCAGAUCGCACAAGAGAACUUGAACGAGCACCGACAUUCGAUCGUGAAAGUACUAGAUGCGCUCGAGUCUCGACAAGGAAGACCGGUGAUAGGACUUGAUGGGAAUAUCGUGCCGUCGCCCCAACCGGAGUAUAAAGGAUUACCGAUCGGUCCAUCACCAGUCAGCUCGUCGCCAUCCUCGGCUCCCGUAUCACAUACAGGCUCUGCACCGGGGACACCUCCUCGCUCUCGAGACCACUCGGCUUCGGGCAUCGUUCAAGGCCCCGGUCGCCCUCGUUCGUUUACUGUUCGACGACCUCUUGCGCGCAUCGUCGAACUUAUACUCGAUCUUUGCGAUACUGCGUUAGAAAUCAGCAUGUCGGUUAUCAAGGAAUCAUCUCGGCCAGAAACUGGAGAGGAGUUCCGGACGCUCUCGCCGCAGUCCGAGUCCAGAAUCACCCAGGUCGCUCAGUGGCAUUCUCCGAGUUCCAACACACUAGAGCAGGAACAGGGCCUGGCAGCCCUCUCAAGUGAUACCGAAGCCGUCGCCAAGACCAAAGUAGAUGCUGUUAUUCGCCAUCGCAAGAUCGUUGAAUACGCGGAAAGAAUUCGCGUUGAAUAUACAGUACUGGUGGAAGAGUGUAUUGCCGCUGCCCUCAGCAAGGCUGAGCGUAUCGCUGCUGGUCAGCUCAGUGAUUCCUCCUGUUCCUCCGACGAAGAAGCGGCUCAGGAUGGCGCUUUUGGCAGUGACUACUCAUCCGCUCGAGAGGGCCCAUUUUCACAGGAACCAAGCUUUGAGGCUCUGCCGUCGCUAGUGCGUCAAGAACCGCCUCAAGCCCUACUGCAAGCACAACUACAAGCACAACCACAGAUGCAACCACAGCAGCCACCAGCGCCAGCUGUGCCCACUCCACGAAAAUCAACCACAUCCGCAUUGACAAUGUCCAUGCGAAACUCGCCAGAUCGUCCCUUUCUACCGCAAGGCGAGACACGAUCGUCCUCUACUGCAGUGUCUACAGGAUCAAACAGUCCUAUGGAAUGCCCAACCCCCCGAUCGCAUAAGAGUGCUGCUGGCCUUUUAGGAACCUCUCAGCCCUCUCGCCGCGGUUUGCCAUUGUCUGACAUUGAUGCGGGUGAUAGUAGUGAUGGCAGCAUGCCCUCGACAUCCGCUUUCGCGGGAGCUAUGCGGACGGACUCGCCCUCUUCGGAACGAAGCUUCGAUCGUAAACGCAGGAGCUUAGUUCUUCCAGGCUUGUCGAGCUCUCCUCGUCGUCAACCUUCUCCUGCUCGGGUGUCUGGCCCACACUCUCCACUACGAAUGCCCAAACCUCGACACUCGCACGGCGCGGAAAGCUUGCCUUCCCCGAUCGUAUCUCCCUCAACCUACGCGAGCGAGUUGGCUCAUCACAUCCGCCAUCAUCGUCGCCAGUCCUCUGCUACCUCCUCAGACGUCGCCAAGCCUCCACCAUCCCCCGUCUACCCUCAGUCAGUCAGCAGCCACGUCCAGCACCUCCUUCCAUCAAGGACUUUGAGAUCAUCAAACCUAUAA